GACGUCAGGCACCGGGCCCCCAGGCGGAGUGGCGGGCACCGGGUCAUCAGGCACGACAACGGGCAUCGGGUCACCAGGCAUCAGGUCAUUUGGCUCGCCAGCGGGCACCGCGUCAUCUGGCAAGGCAGUGGGCACCGAGUCACCAGGCACGACAGUGGGUUCCGAGUCAACUGGCAUGACCACGGGCACUGGGUCAGACAUUGGAUCGUCUGGCUCGACAGCGGGCAUCGGGUCACCAGGCAUCAGGUCAUUUGGCUCGACAGCGGGCACCGCGUCAUUUGGCCAUUCAGUGGGCACCGAGUCACCAGGCACGACAGUGGGCUCUGAGUCAAUUGGCACGACAGCGGGCACCGGGUCAUCAGGUACCGGAUCGUCUAGAUCGACAGCGGGCACCGGGUCAUCUGGCCGGGCAUCGGGUCACCAGGCAUGACAGCGGGCACUGGGUCAUCAGGUACCGGAUCGUAUGGAUCGACAGCGGGGCAUCGAGUCAACUGGCCUAAUGGAAUCAUCAGGCUGGAUCAGUUCAUCAGGCUGGGUAGAAACAUCAGGCUGGGUAGAGACAUCAGGCUGGGUAGAGACAUCAGGCUGGGUAGAGACAUCAGGCUGAAUGGAGGCAUCAGGCUGGGUAGAGGCAUCAGGCUGGGUAGAGGCAUCAGGCUGGGUAGAGGCAUCAGGCUGGGUAGAGGCAUCAAGCUGGGUAGAGGCAUCAAGCUGGGUAGAGGCAUCAAGCUGGGUAGAGGCAUCAGGCUGGGUAGAGGCAUCAGGUUGGGUAGAGGCAUCAGGCUGGGUAGAGGCAUCAGGCUUAAUUGUGGGCGCCGAGGCACCAGGCUGCACCACGAAAGGCAGGUUCUCAGAUGGGAGGCU